AUGCCUACCAAACGUACUCAUGGAAGUGAACUUGACGAAUUAUGGGCUUCUAUAGAAUAUCAGAUAUCGGCACAAGAGAAAUUAAAUUAUGAACAAUUUGAUAAUGUCUCAAAAUACUCAUACGCUUUGACUAAUGCUGCAGUAACAAACUUAAGCAAUAUUAUACAACCCAUGCUACCAAGUAAGCGGUCUUUUGAGAGUCUUGAAUCAGAAACAACGAAUUUGACACAGAGCACAGAGCAAAUAUCAAGUGGAACUUUUAACUCGCAGCCGGAGAGAAUGAGGACACCACCGCCUAGAAUUCCAAAUGUAAAUGCGCCUCUUCAUACUCCGAAUAAGCGUCAGAUGUAUGAUGAGGGUGUUAUUCGAUAUCUCGAUGCGAUGGGACAAUCUUUAAAAUACAACCGGAUUCAUGUUCAGGAACCAUCUAUGUGGGCUAAGGUAGAGAGCUAUCUCGAGAAUGCUUUGAAGAAAUCAGGAAACGAUUUUAAGAAAGCCAUUAUGCUAGAGAUUGAAGAUAAUGAUGCAAGCAGUUUCCGCUUAUAUUGUGAAAAAAUAUUGAUCGAUUUUUAUAAUUUGGUAGAUGUUUUUCCCACACUUUCCAGAAAAAUUGGAGAAAGAAAAUAUAUCGUUCAGAAUCUUUCUUCACUUUUUAAAUUUUACGAAACAACUUUUGGAAAUAUCAUCUUUGAUUGGAUCGAAUCACAUUCCCUGUCUGCAAAAUUGGCAAAAUCACCUACCAGUUCAGGAAUUGUUAAAUUUGACGCUAAAGGAAUACGUUUAUUUGAUGAUAAGGAAAUAUGGCACAUGGAAGUUGCUGGUUCACCAUCAUCACCAAUAAUAGAUCACGUAAUCGGUGAUACAAAGAAAUCCUUGCAUAGUGAUAUUUUAAACCUGGUUGCACUUUUGCUUGAACACUUGGACGUUCCUGUAAAAGUUGCGACAAAUAUAAAGGUCAUGAUGGAUGAUGGAUCCUUUUUGGCAACUGAACUUGCCUCUGCUGUAAUUCCUUUUUCGUUUGAAGGUAGAUCAAAAUACAAGGCAGUUCUUUAUCUCAUGGCUGUUUUUCAUGAUGAAUUUAUAAAACAACUUUCAAUUAUGCAAGAGCUUGAUUUAAACAUUAAUCAUAGUGAAGGAGUUACG